AUUUAAGGCAUUGAUAUUUAGAAACAGCAUUAGCGCUCGCACUGGUCCCAUUUCCAACCCAUAAAAACCUCCUUGCUUUCUAACCCCCGAUCUGCCACUAGCAACCCAUAAUUUCCUUUCUGCAAAGAGCUUUGUCUCUAAACCCCGAUCCGUAUCUGGAAUUACAACAAAAGCCGCUUACACGCCAGUCGUGGGUGUCGCACGAUGGAGAUAUUCUUGGAUGAAAACCCGAUAUUCUUUGGCGAGAUCCGGAGAGCAACUGGGCAACUAGAUUUACGGCUCCUUACUCUUAUCUUGUCCAUCUUCUUAGAAGUCAUCCUAGGAAAGAGGCUUCUAUCUCAAGCAGGAAAAAAUAGAAAAGCACCCAGGAUGCAUCUCUUCUCAGGAUGGAUUAGGCUCUAAUAGAUGCACCGGAAGAACUGUGUGAGCACUUGUUGUUCUUGACCGAAGACCAUGAGGACAUUCUGGAGAAGAUUGAAGAGCGAGAUUGGUUGCCGAGUUUGGUGCCUGAGUUAUGAGUUGAAGUUGAUCUGUCACUUAAAUAUAUAAUAUAUAAAUAUAAAUCUGUCACCUGUUAUAAAUUAAAGAAGAUGUUGACCACUGCUUUUUUUAUGUACAACUUCUACCUAGAAGAAGCUAUUGUUCUUCUGAGUACAUCAAACCGGGCAACCAGGAGAUCUAGAUUUUGAUUCUCACUAGAAGCAUUGUUCCCUCUAACCUCAAUCGGCGACCCAGAGUACAAAUGUUUAGUCCUGCAAGAAGACGGGAUAGCUGGAGACGAGUAUAAAGUACCUGGACGAAGCAAGAAGCAACUAGACGCGGAGGUAUACGAUGUCGGGAGUGGGUCUGAACUCGACGCGUUACUCGACCCCAAUGCCUUGGAACGAGAUGUAUUGGACUUGGAAGCUUUGAGUGGGAAAGAGCAGUAAUUGCACCAGAGAUGCCCACAUUUAUACAGUGUAGGACUCGACGUCCUACAGUACCAGUAGUGGUUGUGGUCGUGCCACUACAUUUUUACCAUUGAUGUCUGAUGUGGUGCUUCUCUUUCUUUCAGGUGCUUACUCUUUCUUUCAGGUGCUUCUCUUUCUUUCAGGUGCUUCUCAUCUUUCUUUCAUUCUUGACUGGGGUCGGCACUACCUGGUAAAAAUCAUAGGCCAGCAGUGGCCAAGUUGUGAGCUGGGCCGAAACAAGUCAAAUUCCUACUCUACUCGUGGUCAUGUUUAUGAGUAUGCCAACACAACGAUGUCCACAAUGGUCCCUCUUAGUAGAGAAGAACCCGGGAACAGUUAUAUUUUUGCUAAGAUAUUGAACGACGGAACAACAAGUCGUACUGAGCUGCACAACGCAAUUAUAUCAGGCGUUGAAGGCGCAUGUAGCCCAGAAGGGCGGCUAGUCGUUUUGAGUUUCCUUGCAAAGUGGGAAGGCGCU